GCCGGAAAGGCGUUAUGGGGGACUUGGCUGUAAGCCUGCCCGUGCCUCCGGUGCCGGUUUCUCCAGUCAAACGGUCACAGACCUUUGGACCUGCGAGUCACCGUUACGUCUGCAGGCUCAACCGCAGCGACAGUGACAGCGCCAUGCCACUGUAUCGGAAGAGUGGCCCUUUCCAGAGAAAUUCCAUGGAACGUAGAAGCCUGCGGUGCAAAAAGGGCUGUGUCUAUCCCAUUUUUCAACACAGCUCCUUCCAGCCUGCUCACAAGGUCAAGGGCUUCAUGGCCGUCAGGCCAAAGCUGAAUGUGUUUCCCAACUUUGCCCAGCACUGUCAUUGCUUCACCAGAUGUCAUUGGCGGGGUACUGUCCUCACUGUACGAUACAUCCGUAUCGGUGUCUUCUUCCUGUUCCCCUUCCUGCACCAUUCUUACAAUGCUUUCAUCAGACAGGUCUUCAGUUACCGCAAGGUUGUUGUCUGCCUCAACAAAGUUCAGGAAUUCAGCUGCUCAUGGAGGCAAGGCGGCAAGUCACACGUCUGGGGCACGGACAUCCUGGAUCUUGCAUUGGACCUGCAGGCGUCGCAGACACGGCUGCAGCUGCUGCAGCAGGACUUGGCUCGCCUUAGGGAGAUGAAGAGGCGUUUGGAGGACACAAAAGCCAGGGGCGAGACUGAAAUACCUGCCUGGUUGGCUGAUGAUGAACAAUUGCGACAAGUACUGGCAGCAGCAGAUCGCCAGGCCUCAAAGCAGACGGUGGAGGAGAAGAAGACAGAAAAAUUGCUCAAGAAAACUUCUCGGGAAAUAUACAGGUUGCGCAAGAGUCGUAAGAAACAACCUGACAUGGCGUUCUUCAAAGAAAAAAUGGCCUUCUUCACGCGGGCCCAGUCCACCGUCCCCGUGCUUCCUCCCGAGGCAGACAUCGCCGAGGAGGAAGGGGCGAGCACUCCAGGAAUGCCUGCUGCCGCGUCCACCCCACAGCGUUACGAGUACACCGUAGAUCCCGUAUUGGGCGUGCAGGUGUGACAUCAAGACACCCAAGUGCCUCGAGUCUAUAAUAUAAUGGCGACACACCGCCACGCCACACACUGAAACAUCGAUCAAAGUACGGCCUCGCAUGAGGAGCAAGUCUCUCACGGGGCCAGCUAGCCAUCGGCCGACCACCUGAGCCGAGCGCCUGGAGCCCGAGCGUCCCUUCGGAGCUUGUGUACGUACCUGAGACCACCUCAAACACCAUAGCCGCCGCGCCGACCAUGGCUGCCACUCUAAGGCCAAGCCAAGGUCAAGCCGUAGCCAGGCGGUGCCCAGCCUGCGUCCCGGUGUAACGGUUUCGGUCACGGACACUUAACGAAGCACCGCUGCCCACCAACACACGUCUUACCUCUUUGCCGCAGAAGUGCCUUACAGUUCUGUGCCUACUGUAAAUUAUUUGGAUACUUUUUUUUUUUCUUGUGAUAAAGUACAAAAAGGGAUUGAUGCUGUUGGCCUUACAAUGUACAGGAAGGAGCCAUGUGUAACAUCACCACUAUUUUGGACCGUUUUUGCAUUGCUCCAACUGGCCUCCCGCACCAAGACAUCUGUGCCUUGGGACACAACACCCUCUACUUUUUGAACAAUAAAGGUAGAAUGCUGUCGUAUCGUCGUA